CCGGGGUGUGACGUAAUGCGAAAGCGCUCUAUUCAAUAUUUUGGGUGUCCAAAUAGUUGUUAUGAAAGAUAAUGUGUAGCGUGGUCACUUUAAGUACAAGCUGGGUUCGCUCGUGGUGAGCGGUUAGAUUGUAGCUAACGAACCAAACGGGUCUGGGAGUCUGGUGUCCAUGAACGGGAAACAGAAAACUCUUUUUCAGACGUGGGGUGCCAGCCUACCCCCUGAUUCAAAGAAACAAAAAGAGAUCAAACCCAAGAAAAACAAAUCAAAUGCGGCUGUGCGGGGAAAAAGUGCAUCAGGUCCCCAGGGACCCCACUAUAAGGGUCCUUCAUCGGCUUGGAACCCUCCUACGGUAAGUUCUACUACUGUGGUUGAUGAGGAGGAUGAUGAUGUGCUGCUGGUUGCAGUGUAUGAGGCUGAGAAAAGCAUCAAUCAAACAGUCACCCCUGGAGCAAACAAUAAGGACAUUAGAAGUGAUGAGUUUGGCACAACUGGAUCCUACAAUCAAGUGCAAGGCCAGUCUAUUUACCAUGCCCAGAGACUGAAUGGAGAUGGUUAUCAGUACAUUGAUACACAUGAUCCUGAGCAUGGUGCUGUGCCCACCUCUGCUAAUGGGCAUCAUCUUUCAAGCACUGCUAUCCAAAGUCUACAAGGCUUUGACCUAUCUGCUGGAAAUGUGUGGAUUUACCCAACUAACUUCCCUGUACGAGACUAUCAGUUUAAUAUUGCUCACACAGCUUUACUACAAAAUACGUUGGUCUGUCUGCCCACAGGCCUGGGCAAGACCUUCAUUGCUGCAGUGGUGAUGUACAAUUUUUACCGUUGGUAUCCUUCAUGUAAGAUCGUAUUCAUGGCACCCACUAAGCCUCUUGUGGCCCAGCAGAUUGAAGCCUGCUUUAAGGUUAUGGGUAUUCCUCAGGAACAUAUGGCAGAGAUGACAGGUACCACUCAGUUACAGAAUCGUAAAGAAAUGUGGGGAAAGCGCAGAGUGUUUUUCCUUACACCUCAGGUUAUGGUGAAUGACCUUGCACGGGGAGCAUGUCCAGCUUCUGACAUUAAAUGUAUGGUCAUAGAUGAAGCACAUAAAGCCCUUGGUAACCAUGCUUACUGUCAGGUUGUCAGAGAGUUAAGCAACUAUAACAAGCAGUUUCGGAUUUUAGCUCUCAGUGCCACCCCAGGCAGUGAUGCCAAGUCUGUACAACAGGUUGUUUCCAACCUGCUGAUUGCACAGAUCGAGCUUCGUUCUGAGGACUCUCCAGAUAUCCAGCCUUAUUCCCAUACAAGGCAACUUGAGAAGUUUGUGGUGCCGCUCGGUACUGAGCUUGAAGCUGUACAGAAAGCCUAUCUACAGAUUCUGGAGACAUUUGCUGGGCGUCUAAUCCGAAACAAUGUGUUGUCAAGGAGAGAUAUCCCUAACCUAACUAAAUAUCAGAUGGUGUUGUUCCGAGAUCAGUUUAGAAAGAAUCCACCUGCCAAUAUUGUGGGUGUUCAGCUGGGUGUUGUGGAAGGAGAUUUCGCCCUCUGUAUUAGUUUAUACCAUGGUUAUGAGCUGUUGUUGCAGAUGGGAACUCGAUCCUUGUACUAUUUUUUGCGUGCUAUAAUGGAUGGAUCAAAAGGCAUGACACGUGCAAAGAACGAGCUCAGCCGGAAUGGGGAUUUUAUGGAGCUAUACCAGCAUCUUGAGAACAUGUUUGCUGGCACAAAUGAUACCAGAGCUGAUGGAAGCCUGCUCUUCAACACAAGUCUAAGAUCUGAUGUCAAGAAACCUUUUAUUUAUAGCCAUCCAAAGCUAAAAAAGUUAGAAGAAGUUGUUGUGGAGCAUUUUAAAUCCUGGGAGAAAAAUAGUUGUCAGAGUACUUCCGUGCAAACUCCCUUAGACACUCGUAUUAUGAUUUUCUCUUCCUUCCGAGAAAGCGUCCAAGAGAUCGCAGAAAUGCUUAACCAGCACCAGCCAACCGUGCGAGUGAUGACAUUUGUGGGGCAUUCGUCAACUGGGAAAGGAGUUAAGGGCUUCACACAGAAAGAACAACUAGAGGUGGUAAAGCGAUUUCGUGAAGGUGGCUACAACACUCUGGUUUCUACGUGUGUUGGGGAAGAGGGACUUGAUAUAGGUGAAGUAGAUCUAAUAAUCUGUUUUGAUGCCCAGAAGAGUCCAAUUCGUCUUGUACAAAGAAUGGGCCGUACUGGGAGGAAACGCCAAGGACGCAUUGUUGUCAUUUUAUGCAAAGGAAGGGAAGAAAGGACAUAUAACCAGAGUCAAAGCAAUAAAAGGAGCAUCUAUAAAGCUAUACAAGGAAAUAACAAUAUGUUUCACCUAAAUCCUCAAAGUCCUCGUAUGAUUCCUGAUGGAAUAAAUCCCCAAGUGCAUAAAAUGUUCAUCACACAGGGGACCUUUGAGUCCAGAGACGUUCCAUCAUUUUCAAAAGACAGGAAGUCAAGCACAGUACAUCGUAAAUCUUCUUUGUUCUACAACAUGGAAGAUGCCAUGAAAGAAGACUGGCCUAUGACCCACGGUGAGUUUGAAACUUGGAACAGGUUAUAUCGUUUGCAAGAAGCUGAUGGAAUAACAGAUGUGACUCUGCCAAAAUCUUAUUUUGAGUAUUUCCAGGACACUGAGGGAAGCAAGGAAGCACCCUCUGAAAAUGCUCGGGAACUUUCUUUAACAGAAUGGAGUGUCUGGCAAAACCGUCCGUUCCACACUGAUUCUGUAGACCACUCUGACAGAUGCAAACACUUCAUUUCUAUCAUGGAGAUGAUAGAGUUAAUGCGGCAUGAGAAGGAUGGAUGCAAAUAUGAUUCGGAAUUGAUGGCCUACUUCUGCAAGGAAGAUGUUGGUUUAUCGAGCAAAACUACAAAGGAUAAGGUUGUGAAUCCUAUUAGUUAUCCCACUGUAGAUAAAAAGUUCCCUCAUAUCAAAAAGGGAAAGACCAAUAAAAUUCUACCUAAAUGUUCCUUUAUGGAUACUGAUGAAGAAUGUAAAUCACUAUUCAAAGCACCUAAUGGUAAGAAAAAUAUAAAAUUAUGCACCUCAGAGCUUGUCAAUACGGAGACAGCGUUUCGUGUUUUUGAAAUUCAUGAUCAGGAUGAAGGUGUAACAGAUGAUAAUGUGUGUAGUGAAAAUGGUGUUGAAAGCAGCAAACCGCAUUCUCUGUUUGUGAACAAAAUAACUCCCUCGGAUCAGGAUCACAGGUUGCCAAAUAAUUCAGAAGACUCUGUGCCAAAGCGCCAAAGCUUUGCGGACUCUAAAGCAGACUCUGGCUAUCAGAGUUUUAGUGAGGACUCCUCUUCUUUGUUAACCAACAUAUUUUAUAUUCCUCAGAUUCAGACUGAUUAUGUGCUUGCCGAAAUUCUAGAGGACAAAAUGUGUAAACUAAAAAAUAUGCUAUCAUGUGUAAAGGUAUUUUUAUCUAAAUCACCACCACCUUUAAGUGAACUUAACUUUGUAGAUAAUUUAGAAGUUUGCACAAAUACAAGUUUUUCUAUUGACUACAAGGUUCCUCUGACUGAUAUGUCAGAACAAACACUUACACCUACAAAAGACUUAAUCAGUGUUACCAAAGGACAAGUGGAAAACAGUGUCAAAAGGACACAAGUUCAUUCAGAUAAAACAGCAAACACUGGUUUACUUAUUUUAGAUGCAUCAGUGAGUAAUGCUAGAUGUAUAACAGCAGUUUUGUCAACACAUAACAACUUAAUUUUGAGAGAGUCUUGUUCUCAAGAUGGCAAUACUAAAGAAUCCAAGGUUGAUGAAACAGAAUAUGAUCCACACUGGGAUAAAAUAUUUGAUGGUGACAGUGAUGAAUCUGAAAUAGAAGAAUUUGAUGCUUUUAAUUUGAAUAGCCCUGAUCAGGGGGAAGACUGUUUUGAAAAUGAAAUGACAGAGAAAGAUGAAAACCACUGUUUAGGUAAUGAGCAGACAGAGAAAGAUGAAAACCACUGUUUAGUGAAUGAGCACACAGAGAAAGAUAAAAAACACUGUUUAGGGAAUAAACACAAGGAUAAAAAUGAAAACCACUGUUUAGGGAAUGAACACAAUGAGAAAGAUGAAGACCUAGAUGAAAGUUUUGACCUGUUUGAAGAUGAACCAUUUGCUGAUUUUGACAACUAUAGCCAAGGGAGUUUGGCCAGUUCCAACAAAAAGGACAUACCUGGGGAUAAAGCAACAGGUGUCACUUUUAAUAUGUUUGAUCCAUCUAGUUUCCUUCAGGAUCAAGAUGAUACAGAACAAGAAUCUGAGAAUAUGGGUGUUUUAGAUUCAGAUAAAGUUUGGCAUCAAAUAGAUGAGGAAAGGGUUGAUUGCUCUGAAGAGUUAUUCUCUGUUAACUUUGAUCUUGGGUUUUCUGUGCAGGAUGAUAAUGAACUUUCAGAAAGUGAAGUAUCACUGAGCUCAGAAUCAGAGGCUGAACAUGGCAAACAAACAACUUCCAAACAUUCCAUUGUUCCAAGUCCUCCUAAAAGUAAUAACUUGAGUGUUGCUGGAGGCAACAUGUCAACUCCUCUGACCUCAAUAAAUCAAAAUUCCACAUUUGUUAAAGUGUCUGAAAAACAAAUGUCCCUAUUUUCACCACUGCAACCAGUUGACAGGAAAUUUUCCUUAACCCCUGAAAAAUCCUUGUGCUUAUCAUUUAUGACCCCAUUAUCUGAAAAUCAGAAGAACUCCAAUAUUUCUUUCCAUUCUGCCUCCAAAUAUGAACUGGACACACCAAUUACACCAAAAUCAAGCAAGAAAAACCGAAGUCCUCCAGCUACCCAUAAUUCUCAUAACAGUAUUAAUGGUGGAUUAGAAACUGGACAGUCAAAAAAGGAUUUGCCCACUCCAGAGAUCUCCAAUUAUGCAAGUAUAGCAGGAAGCAGCAAUGACAGUGAAGAUGAAAUUGUUUUCCGCAGGAAAAGAAAAUCAACAAAGAGCAAUGUACUGAUAUCUCCGAAGGCCGCAAGCAGUGACUGUGAUUUUGAUUCACCAAUUCCUGCUGCUAAGAAACGAAAACAUGCGCUUAACACCACUGACUCAUGUGAUGACGAGGAUGCAGAUUUCAAGUCAACACAUUCAUUUCAAAGAAGUGAAGCAGCUGCUCUUUCAAAGAAGACGCUUAAAGAUGUGAGAAGGUCUACGCACAAGAAGAGAAUGAAGCAUGCAGCAAGGCAAUAUUUUGAUGACGAAGCUGAACUUUCUUCCGAUGGGGCUGAAUUUGUAUCUUCUGAUGAAGCGCUUGAAUCCGAAAACGAGCAGGACUCUUCAAUCAUAGGAUUCUUGAAUGAUAAUACCCAGCUUUCACAGGGCCUGAAUGACUCAGAGAUGGUUGGUGUGUACUUGAAGUCAGUUCGUAGCCCUGUUGUUUCCAAUCCUUUUAAAAUGGUGCAAAGAAAAAAACCUUCAAUGGCUAUAUUUUCACAAAUUCCAGAGCAGGAUGAAAGCUACAUGGAAGAUAGUUUCUGUGUUGAUGAAGAAAUUGAUGAAGAGGACAUUGAGCUGCAAUCCAGUGAGGAGGAAGUAACUGCUAAUAUAGACCUUCUUCAACAAGACAGUUUUGUUGAGGGUAGAAAACAGUACUGCACUAGACGAAGGCUGCAAAUGAAAAAACUGACAUUCAGUGAUAGUGAUAUCAAACGUCCUGAGAAGAAGAAACCUUCCAGGAUUAUCAUUCAUGAUGAUUCUAGUGAGGAAGAACCUGAAGUAGUAUCUGAUACGAGGACGAAUGUUUCUUCUGCUGCUGCUAAACCAUCAUUCUUAGCUCAGGCGACAGAUCCUCCAUCUCCAUUGAAGAGUGGCUUUGAUGUGCCUUUGAGGGAUAGGUGCCAGGCAAGGCUGAAUCUCAAAGCUUCUGUGUCUGAAGCAUUGGAUUUCCAGGCAGAAAAUACAUCUCAUUCUAUCACUAAACAGAAAACCUCAGAUGGAAUCAUCCUCCCAGCAGACAAGGAAAGUGAUAAGCGUAAAAAUGUCAGUUCCGAUUCUUCAUGGCUGGGUUCCUCUACUUUAAGUGACCACUCAUUUAUGAAGGUGCAUCCUCCUGGAUCCUCAGCAAAUGACAAAGCUCUCUGCAUCCUCACAGACAGCCGAGAAAUUUCUUCUGGACCAGAAGUAAUCUCUUGUCUGAAAAACGUUCAUGGGGUGAAGGUACAGGUGUGCUCGCUGGGUGGCUGUGAUUACAUUGUCAGCAAUCGUAUGGCCGUGGAGCGGAAAAUACAAUCAGAGUUCUCAAACAGCGCAAAUAGGAGCAGAUUAAUAGAACGAAUCCAGCACUUGCAGAACUUGUUUGAAAGAGUUUGUCUAGUUGUGGAGAAAGAUCGAGUCAAACCAGGAGAAACAUCAAAAAUAUUUCAGAGAACAAAGUAUUACGAUAGCACAUUAUCAGCCUUAAUCAGUGCUGGUAUCCGGAUUCUUUUCAGCUCCAGCCAAGAAGAGUCUGCUGGCUUGCUUAAGGAAUUGGCUUUGCUGGAGCAGAGAAAAAAGUCAGGGAUUAUCAUACCGACAGAGGUGAAAGGUUACAAGCAAGAAGCAUUGCAAUUCUACCUGACCAUACCAAACAUAAAUUACCUCACUGCACUAAACUUGUGCCAUCGUUUUGAAUCUGUGAAACAGAUGGUUAACAGCUCAGUGGAUGUGAUAGCCAACCUCGCCCAAGUAAACCCGCAGAAAGCAGAAGAAAUCUUCCGCUACCUUCAUUAUGUAUUUGAGUCCCAGAUGUUGCCCUCUAAUAAUAAUGUCAAACGAAAACAAAAUCUAUAGUGUAAAUUUGUGAUUAACCAAACUAUAUGUUAUUUUUUGUAUUGGUCUUUUUUUUACUUGUUUUCUUUAACUAUUUCAGUUGAAAAUGAUAUUUUAUUGCAGUGCAAUACUUUAAACAUUGAAUAUAUUGAUCAUAUGCACUUUAUUUCUAUUAUUGUUUUGUUGUAAAAUAUGUAAAUAAAUUCUUCUUCUAAGAGAUA